AUGCAGAAGCGGCGGCGAGUGUUGAUGGCCGGCCGACUGCCCGCGUGUCAGCAUACCUCCUUAAGUGCCUUGCUACGGCUAGUCCUGGGAUUAGCUCUUGUCGUUAUCUGCAGCGCCAGAUUUCAAAUACACCCUUCCAUAGAGCGGCCCGUAAUCUCGAGACGGAGACUAGAGAACGAGGCCAUCCGACGGCUGCUAGGAGAUCAGGCCUUCGCGCGGCGGCACCUUGCGUCCGCGUUCGUCGGCACGGUCGUGACGCUCUUCGCGAAGCCCGCGCUCAACGGCAAGUUCGUCAACGUACAGGCGCCCGCGCCGGGGGAAUGCCUCACGCUGCCCCCCGCGUUUAACGGCCGCACCGAGAGCGCCGCGAUCGCGUGGAACGUGAAGUCCGCCGCAUCUGGCGGGCAGACGGUGAAGCUGUGCGGAAGCUUGAGCCUGUGGACGAGCGACAAUUGCGGCGGGUACUCGAGCGUUUUCGUCGUUCCCGGGGGAUGGCGAGAGGCGACCGCGUCGCGAUACGACUACCCCGACACGCCCGUCAAGUUCUUCACGGGAGUGUACUCACCCAUUCGCUCCAUAUCCUGCGCCAACUACGUGCCCAACCCGUGCACGGGGUACCGCUGUCCGCCCAACUCGCAGUGCGCGCUGGAGGGGGGAACCGCGCCCACGUGCGCGUGCGUGGUGGGAUUUACCAUGCGCGACGGGGAGUGCGUCAACACGUGUCAAGUGACGGCGUGUCCCGCAAACUCGUCGUGCGCGCUGGUGAACGACCGGCCGGUGUGCGCGUGCAAGGACGGGCUGCUCAUGCGCAACGGCGCCUGCAUUGACCCAUGCGCGGACACGGCGUGCAAGCAGCCGGCGACGUGCGCGGUGAACAGCACCACAGGCGCGGCGUACUGCGCAUGCCCGCCCAACUGGCGCCUGCGACCCGACGGCCUCUCCUGCUCUGACCCGUGCGCGGCAGUGCAGUGUCCAUCAGCGUCAUCAUGUGUGGCGGUGAGCGGUGCUGCCACGUGCGCGUGCCCCAGGGGCUUCUCCUUCUCCAAGGCCACCUGCGUCUCGUCCAGUGUGGUGAAGAAUGCAGACUACCUGGACGUGCACAACGGUGUGCGCUAUGCUGUGGGAGUGCCGGAGGUCAAAUGGAACGACACAUUGGCGAAACUAGCAGCGACAUGGGCGACACAGCUGGUGACCAACACCUCAGUCAACGGCAACCAGUGCGGCACGCUCGUGCACGGCAUGUUCGCCCUCCCCUCUCCCUCCCUCUCCACCUCCUCUCUCAAAGCCAAAUCUCUCAACACCAAGGCCAAAGCCGGCCCGCGCAAGUCCUCCGCCCUCCCUUCCUCCAUCCAAUUCGCCUCCCCUCCUCUUUCAUCCUCCUCGUCCUCCGCCGCUGCCUCUCUGCGUAUGGGUCAGAAUCUAGCAGCGCUCUCAGGGCUGGCGGCAGGGCAGGUGGUGGGGGCGAGGGCAGGGUUAGGAGUGUGGUUGGAGGAGGGGGGGCGGUACACAAGAGCGGUGUUUGUGGGGGAUGCAGGGGGCUCUGACUCUGGGUGCCGUGGCGGCAACUGGAAGGCGUGUGGCCAUUACACACAGAUGGUAUGGCGAAGCACCACAUCGGUCGGCUGUGCCACAGCCACAUGCCCCUCGGGAGCAGCACAGGUCUGGGUGUGCAAUUACUACCCUCCGGGCAACGUCAUCAACUCCUACCCCUACUGA